UCAUUAAACCCCUUCCACAUCUCUCUCUCUCUCUCUCUCUCUCUAUCUCUAUCUCUAUCUCUAUCUCUAUCUCUCUCGGACAUGGAGAAUGGGAAUCAUCAAAUAGCAGUUAUAGAGGAUAGAGACCACAAAUUCUUGAUAAAAGCUGUUGAAGAAGCAUAUAAAGCAGUUGAAUGUGGAGAUGGACGGCCAUUUGGUGCCCUUGUUGUUCACAAAGAUGAAGUUGUUGUGAGUUGCCAUAACAUGGUUCUAAAACACACCGAUCCAACUGCACAUGCAGAAGUUACAGCAAUACGAGAGGCAUGUAAAAAGCUUAACCGAAUCAAGCUUUCCGACUGUGAGAUGUAUGCUUCUUGUGAGCCUUGUCCUAUGUGCUUCAGCGCCAUUCAACUUUCAAGGAUCAAGAGGCUCGUAUACGGAGCUAAAGCGGAAGCAGCGAUUGCAGGUGGAAUUCCGAUCGGCGAUUUUAUCUCAGAUGCAUUGAGAGGUACUGGUUUCCAUGAGAAGACUAACUUGGAGAUCAAACAAGCAGAUGGUAACGGAGCCAUAAUUGCUGAACAAGUCUUUGAGAGAAGUAAAGCCAUGUUUCCCAAGCGUUGAUUCAUCUCUCAAAAUUGCCAAUUUCUAGCUCUGUAACUGCUGUUGCAUUACUUAAAAAUAAAUAUACUAAUUUAAAAUAUUUAUAUAAAU